AUUCUUCCGAAUUUAUCCUCAUUUUUCCGUGAAAGGUUUGCCUGUCACAACCAUCGGAAGCGUCGAUUUUUGUUCAGCAUGCCUCUGAGAACAACGGUAAUUGGUAGUUACCCUAAACCAUCCAACUGCACCAUUCCGAACUGGUUUAGCAACCAGGCCGAUUAUAACCCAGAGGAUUUCAACAAGUUUGUGAAGGGUUUACCACCAGAAGAUUAUGAAGCGUUGGUAGACAAGGCAGUUAAAGAAACUUUGAACGAACAAACGUCGUUGGGCAUCGACGUUGUGACUGACGGCGAGAUUCGACGAGACAAUUACAUCAACCAUCUUUGUCGGCAUAUAAAAGGCUUUGACUUCACGAAUCUAACCAAGAAAUCAUGUCGUAAUGGGGCUUGGGUCGCAGAAGUACCCACCAUUCGAGAGAAGCUGGGUACAUCUGACUUAGUGCAAAUGGGUUUUGACACUUUCUCAGACAAUGGCUGCUGUGCACUCAACCAUAACAACAACACUGAAACAAAUUUUACCAAGUGA